AUGGUUGUUUGGCGCCAAUCACUGCUCCCCUACUCUGCCCUACAAGCAGCCAUACAGAAAAUGCACAGGUCAGGAAAUGUGACAAGUUACAAGCGAACCCCCGUACCCUCAUACGAUUUGCAACACGGCACUUGUGUGCGUUGCGUCGUGGGCGCGAGAAUAGGAACGCAGGAACCGUACCAAGGCACCCGGUUCACACUGGAAAGUCUGGGUCCGGUACGGUCGAAAGAGGCUCGCGAUGCUCUCAUUGGCGUUGAGCGCUCUCGAAGCGCCGGCACACAGCGCCUUCACAUCGAAGAGCCGGGGUUCGGCAACCAAUCAAUUCCCAUGUGUCUCUCUGCACUUGCAUAUCCGUUUGCACUGUAUUCACAUGGCCAAAUCGCUUCAAGGAGAGGCGUCGUAGGUCCGCUGCUCACAUCAGUGGAUGCUAUAUCGGCGGAGCUUAAUUGUGUGACCGAAAUAGGGCUGGGCAUGCGUUGGCUCGUUGGCCAUGCAGUGUGA